AUGAAGAUGGCCGUGGUUUGUGCUAGUAAUAUGAACAGGUCUAUGGAGACACACCAUGCUCUGAUGAAAAAAGGGAUCAAUAUUUCCUCGUAUGGAACUAAUUCCAUGGUAAAGCUUCCCGGUCCCAGCGCCGACAGGCCCAAUGUCUAUCCAUUCGGGACUGCAUAUGAGUUCAUGUACAACGAUCUCAAAUCGAAGGACCUGCAUUUAUACACACAAAACGGCAUCUUGUAUAUGUUAGAGCGCAACAAGGGCAUUAAGACUUGUYCGGAGCGGUUUCAGGAGUGCAAAGACAAAUUCGACAUUGUUUUUUCUUGCGAAGAAAGAUGCUUUGAAAUCAUCUGUGAUGACACGCAAGAGGAUGCAACUGUUGGCGCUCGGUCUAUCCUUCAAAUGGCCCAGCAACUUCAGCCCAUUUUUCAUGCGCAGAGCGAUGGCCAAACCACUGCUUCCUUCGAUUCGAUUAUUUUCUCGUUUCAGGAAAAAUUUCCCGAACUCAACAUUUGCUAUGCGAUUUUCUUCACUUAG